UCCCCCCUCCCCUCUCCUGGCUGUCCAGCAGAGCUCGCAAACCCUCCGUAUAAAAACGCACGGGCACUCCUCAUCGCUCGCUCACCAACGUGAACUCUUCCCCAUUUUCCUAAACGAUGGCUUCGUCGUCUCCUCCUCCUCCUCCUUACAUCCUCGUCGCCCUCCUCCUCGUCCUUUCCCGUCUCUCCGCCCCAUCCUCGGCCACCACCCCGAGGAUGCUGUCUCCGCUCAAGACGAAGCCCCUCGUCCUCAAGUACCACAAGGGCCGGCUCCUCAAGGGCAACGUCACCGUCAACCUCCUCUGGUACGGAGGCUUCUCCCCCGCCCAGCGCUCCGUCGUGGCCGACUUCUUCCGCUCCCUCAGCUCUCCCGCCAAGUCUUCCCCCUCCGUCGCCUCCUGGUGGUCCACCACCGCCGCGUACGCCGGUGGCCCCGCCAACAUCAUCUUGGGGAAGCAACUCGUCGACAGCAGGUACUCUCUGGGCAAAGUGCUGAAGAACCAACACAUUGUGAGCUUGUCCUCCGAGCUCAGUCCCUCCAAGACCGAUAGCGAUGGUGCUAUCAACUUCGUGUUGACCUCGUCAGACGUUGGCGUCGAGGGGUUCUGCAUGAGCCGGUGCGGGUCCCACGGGUGGUCGACUGCGGUCCGGGGCGGCAAGGGCGCCAGGUCCGCGUACGGGUGGGUCGGCAACUCGGCGACCCAGUGCCCCGGCCAAUGCGCGUGGCCCUUCCACCAGCCGAUCUACGGGCCUCAGAUACCUCCCCUGGUGGCCCCGAACGGCGACAUGGGGGUCGACGGGAUGGUCAUCAGCUUGGCCACGGUCCUGGCGGGGACCGUCACGAACCCGUUUGACAACGGGUAUUUCCAGGGCCCCGGAGACGCGCCCCUCGAGGCCGUGAGCGCUUGCACGGGGAUGUUCGGGAAGGGCGCGUUCCCCGGCUAUCCAGGGGUCGUCCCGGUGGACAAGACGACGGGAGCAAGUUACAAUGCGAUCGGCCGGAGCGGACGGAAAUAUCUGCUGCCGGCGAUGUGGGACCCCAAGACGUCUACCUGCAGGACGGCCGUGUAGAGCAGCAACCAAGCAAUACAUACACGCACAAGGAGCACUUACAUUUUCAUACGUGUACAGCGCACACGUGGGGUUUGUUCUUAUACGUCUUGUGUUUUUUUUUUCUCUUUUGGGCUUUAAAUUAUGUUGUUGA